AUGCACACAUUUUCCAACACAAAGCGACAGUGUAUGAACGUUCUUGCGAUAGACGAUUUGCGCUUACGCCACCCCAAACAGCUCCUAAUAUCGUAUACUGCCGGCUUCAGCAACAUCAUCCACGAUCCUGCUUCCAUCUCGAUCAGGCUGCUUCAACCACGAAUGCCACAAAAUGAUGUUGCCGAUGGAGAUCAACCUCUCCUAAGGACAAAUGGACUUGUCCUUAUCUCAAAUACGCCAAAAGGCCGAGGAGUUUUCGCAACUCAAGACAUCCCAGGCGGCACCGUGAUCGAAGUCAGCCCAGUGCUGCUGUUCAGCGAGGAUGAAGUCGAGAAGCACGCUCAACACACCUGUCUACAACACUAUACCUACUAUUGGCCCUCCAAGACUGGCCGGACCACGAUUCAAGCCCUUGCACUUGGCCUGGGAUCCAUGUUCAACCACUCGACGCGGGCCCAGAACGUGGGAUGGAAACGAAACACGGAAACCGAAGUCAUUGUCUACACCGCGUUACGUGACAUCAAAGCCGGGGAAGAACUGUGUAUAUCCUACGGCCAUGCAAGACUCUGGUUCAAAGACGCCGAUGCCGAUGCUGAUGUCGAGGUUGACUUCGAUUUCGAUGAAGCCUAUGAGGCUGGUGGAGAUGGACCAGUGGCAGAGAUCGCAUUGAGCGGACUAGGGAAGAUGGAACUAUAG